AUGGGCACGCCUCGGAUCUUACGACAUCAGGCGGUCAAAGUAUACAAGCAACUCAUCAGGUUAUCGGCUGACUACCCAGACCCCAAUUACGAUUUGGCCGGUCGGACUCGUGAAUGUUUUAGGGCAACGACCGGUCGGCUGGAGCGGAUCGAGGAGGGCGCGGUUCGGGAAGAAGAGAUGGCAAAGUCAAUCGCCAAGGCUAUCUUCAUUCGGAAAGAGGUCGAGGCCCUGAUCUUCUUGAGUCGUUAUCGCGAGUUGAAGAGGAGGUAUGGCGAUACUCGAAACUCCUUCGAUUGA